AUGGUGAACAUCACAGAGAAGAUCAAAGAAAUCGAAGAUGAAAUGAAAAGAACCCAGAAAAACAAGGCAACUGAGUACCACCUUGGCUUGUUAAAAGGAAAGCUCGCUCGACUACGCGCUCAACUGCUCGAACCCGGUCCUGGUGCUGGAGGACCAGGUGGUGCUGGCUUCGAUGUCUCAAAGUCCGGCGAUGCGCGAAUAGCGCUAGUUGGCUUCCCUUCGGUCGGCAAGUCGACGUUUCUGUCGAAAGUCACUAAAACCAAGUCGGAAGUGGCGGCUUAUUCAUUCACAACGCUUACCGCUAUUCCCGGUGUCCUCGAGUAUGGCGGCGCUGAAAUCCAAGUACUUGAUCUGCCUGGUAUCAUUGAGGGCGCAGCGGAAGGGAAAGGGCGUGGUCGCCAAGUAAUUUCUGCUGCGAAGACAUCCGAUAUGAUACUAAUGAUACUGGAUGCGACGAAGCGUGCAGAACAACGAGCAUUACUGGAAGCUGAGCUCGAAGCCGUUGGCAUCCGCCUCAAUCAGGACCCGCCGAACAUUUACCUAAAGCAGAAGAAGGCUGGCGGUAUGAAGAUCACUUUUCAGGCGCCGCCGAAGAACCUCGAUGAGAAGAUGCUCUACAAUAUUCUCCGCGACUACCGAAUGCUGAACUGUGAAGUUCUAGUGCGAGAUGAGAACGCCACCAUUGACCAAUUCAUUGACGUGAUAAUGAAGGACCACAGGACUUACAUCAAGUGUCUAUACGUAUACAACAAGGUCGACGCGAUCUCACUCGAACACCUCAAUACUCUAGCACAUGAGCCGAACACGGCAGUAAUGUCGUGCGAGAUGGACCUGGGCAUUCGGGACGUCGUCGAUCGAUGCUGGGAGGAGCUGCGCUUGAUGCGAGUCUACACCAAGCGGAAAGGCAUCGACCCGGACUUCCAAGAAGCUCUCAUAGUCCGGCACGACAGCACUAUCGAGGAUGUCUGUGAUGCAAUCCAUCGUACACUUAAGGACAGCUUUAAGUAUGCGCUGGUUUGGGGCGCUUCCGCGAGGCAUGUUCCGCAGAGGGUCGGCUUGAGCCACAUUGUCGCGGAUGAGGAUGUGGUGAGCAUAGUAGGCACUAAGAGUGGGUUGGCAGCAAAAUGA